AGAAUGAGGGGAGGGGGAGAAAUUACCCAGGAGCCUCUUUGUCCCGGAAGUGGAAGGUGUUGACCGCCCUCACCAGCAAGGCAAUCCGAAGGGGAGAGCAGCCCUCAGCAAUCAUGGUUUCUUCAAAGCAGCUGGCUGACUUUGGCUAUAAGACCUUCUCAGGCUCCAUGAUGCUCCUUACGCUGUAUGGUGGCUACCUCUGUAGCCUCAGAGCAUAUCGAUAUUUCCAAAACAAGAGUGCCAUGAAGCAGCUUGAGCAGCAGGAGAUAGUAUCUGCAGUUAAAGACUGAACACUGCCUUCCCAAUAUCUGACUCCAUGAAAUUGCUGAACAUGACAUUGCAGUCAUGUUCAGCAGAGACUUCUAAGUGCAUCUCCAAGAAUUUUGGUCAUUUAAGAAGAUGGAAGCAGGUUCAUAAUUAUGUAAUUAUUACAUUUCUUGUUUGCAGCUUCUUUCUCCUUUCUGUAAAUAGAAGCUGAGAGCUUUAAAUAUAAAAGAUAUAUUUGUAGAA